AGAAGGAACUGCAGCCCUCUCAAAAGCUUUCCCGUGGCCCAGAACACGUCCAUGCUGGGAAUACCGUGUGGUGCCUGCCAGGCUUGUUCCCAAAAAUACUCUCAUGUCUUGUUUCCCAAUAUCCUAGCUGCCGAGAAGCAUUAUCUACCUAUGGAGGAUGUAAAUGCCAGCACAGCUUAAAAGCAUCUGUGGCUUCCUUGGGUACAGUCCACUGCCAGGAUCUGAAGAAAUAGACAGACGGUUGGAAAAGAAGCUGAAGAUCACGCAGAAGGAAAGAGCCGGGUCUCCCAGACUGGAUGUAGCUACAGCUAUGGGGAAGCCAUUUAAGAAAAAGACACUCAAAGGAAGAAAUGGUAGAAAGUCAAAAUCUCCUCCUAAAGUGCCGAUCGUGAUUCAGGACGACAGCCUUCCUGCAGGUCCUCCCCCGCAGAUCCGCAUCUUGAAGAGGCCGACGACCAACGGUGUGCUUAGCAAUCCCAACUCUGCCAGCAGACCAGCCUUCCCCGUGAAAUCCUUGGCACAGAGGGAGGCAGAGUACGCGGAAGCCAGGAAACGAAUAUUGGGCAGCGCGAGCCCCGAAGAAGAGCAGGAGAAACCCAUUCUAGACAGGCCGACAAGGAUCUCCCAGCCGGAAGACUCCAGACAGCCCAAUAAUGUGAUCAGGCAGCCGCUGGGUCCCGAUGGCUCACAAGGCUUCAAACAACGCAGAUAAACGCGGGCGAGAGAUGCUGCUGCGGAAGGCAGGGUCCGCCGCCACGGGUCGCACUGCCGUGGCGGACAAACGGACUUGAGCAAAGGGAACUACCUGGUUUAUUUGCACUGUGAUCCCCUUUGCUCUGCCCACUGUGACCUUCAACCCCACGCACUGUGACCUCCCCUCUCCACCCACUGUGACUGGCAAACCCAGAAGGGCUGUCCCCAAGUCGCUGCAAAUGGGAAGGGGGACAGUGAGGGGGGGUAUCAAGGACUCGGACGGGUGCAGGGAGUUGUGUGUGUGCCACUUGGGUUGAAGCCAGCGCCAGCAAUAAUGUUUGUUGUACUCAUAACCUGGCAUUUAAGGAAAAAAAAAAAGUAUGGGAAGCUCCCCAGACACGCAUGUUGUCCUCAUCACUUAAAGAGCAAGUUCUUUUUCAAAGGAUCUGUUUUAUUUUUCUUUUCUGUUUUGUUUUCUGUAUAUCAGAUCAACGGAGUGCAUGGGAAGGAUUUUAACCAUUUGUUUUUAUUGAGAGAGGUAGUUAAGUGUUUGAAAAGGAGUUUCAAUGAAUUUCUGCGACUUUAAUGGCUCGGGUUUGGCAAGCUCUUGCUUCUUGUUCUCUUAUUUCUACUGCCAUCAGCACGUGAAAGUGAACUCCGGGAUACCCGGUCUUUCAGAUUGCCUUGGGAGCUGGCGGAGUCUGACGACCUAGUUUACGUCUUGCACCUGUUAAAGCUUGGCUAGUAUUUUCUGCUGGCUUUGAAGAAAAGCUUAAAAUACAUCGGUUUUGUUUUUUUUUGUUCUUUUUGUAUUUGGGGAGAAGGGAAUGUAGACCGAUCCCAUGAAAAUGCCUGCUGCCCAGCCAUUUUUUGCAGCAGAGAGAGCCAGGUGGUGAAGAAUUAGGGCUCUGUCGCGAGGAGGAGAAUAGCCAGCGCCCUCCAGUCCGUGAAACAAGUAGGUGGCGAGGAUCUGUGCUCCAUAUGGCCUGCGUUCGUCGAGUGGCUGGCGCUACAGUGGCCAGCGGGAUGUCCCGAGGGUCCGAAGCAGAGUGGCGUGGUGGAGCGAAGGCUCCCAUUGAUCUCUCAGUCACGGUACAAGCUGCGUUUGCCUCCCGAAAUUGCAGACAUCAGGAAGGAAGACGGCACUGGUUAAAGUUCGGAUGAUUUCUCCGUCUUCCUGGCGGCAGCUGGCUCCCUGCGAGGCUUCAGGGAAGGGACUUUCCUCCUCCAGCUCCCAGGAAGAGGACAGGGAGGCUGGUGCUCCACAAGAACGCUGAUGUUUCCCCCUGGAUGAAGCUGACCUACCUUAAUAUCACUUAAAAUUGAGGGAUUAGAUGAACACUAAAUGCUCUUCUUGGAGGGGACGGUACCUAGAAAACCAUUUCUGGUUCUCAGCGGAUUAUUCUGUACAGGUGCAGCCUUCCCUGCCGCUUUGUGCUCAGUAGGUUCAAGGGUAAACGAGCAAAUCUUGACAUCUUCUACACAAAGGGAAGCGACCGUAGAAAAGGACAUGUGUGGAAAUACAGUUUAAAAAAAAUAUACCGGUAAAAUAAAACUACCUGUGUAUAAAAAGAAUCCGCUAGAGCAUUAAUUAGCUGAUUAAAGCACCGAAGAUGGUGGUGAGGUGGGGGCAAGCAGACAUCCCCCAGGCAUCCCCGACUGCCGGUGCUUUAUUUUUUGGGGGUGGGGUGGGGUGUGUGUCCCCCAUAUUUAUCCCCCCCCUGCAGGCUGGUGUGGGAUGAGUCCCCGAAGGGGAGCGGGAGGGGAGAAGGACGUCAGCAAUAAGUGUAGUCACCGCGCCUUUCCUUAAUUAUUACUAAAAAUAGCUUUUAAUAGCCAAAACACCCCCAAAUCCAUCUGAUUCCUGGUGUAGCUGGCCAGUGAUAAAGUUGCCACCUCCUCUGGCACCGGAAUCUCUGUCUCCGGCACUGAAAUCUCCUCCGGCACCAAAAUCUCCUCCGGCACCGAAAUCUCCCGGCUCCUCCAUCCCGGUGACCAGGAUACGUCCCGCCCGCGGGCAGGGCUUGGCGGCGUUCCUGCGGGAAGCCACUUCAUCCCGGGAAGGUGGAGGAUAAGCACGGUACUGCGUGUUUUCACCCCAAAACGUGCGCCGAAAAGAAAACGUUUUAUAAAUUGUAUUUUAAAUAAAUGUCUUUAAACUUUUAA